AAAUGCGAUUACUUUCCCCCAAAUUCAGUAUAACACUGGAAAAACCUCUCAAUGCUCACUCACACUGGUGAAACUUUCUCAAAGAAAAAUGUUGCUAGAUGUUAGGUUUUGGAACAGUGACAACGAAAGCCAAAUCAGAACCUAAGGUCAUUCAAUUCCAAUAUCAGAGCAGCAGCAGUUCUAAACGAGGGGAAUAUUCAGAAAGGGAAAGAAAACACAAAAGUGGAAAAGAAAUGGAAAAUGGAGCACUUGAUGGUGAUGAAUAAGAGUUUUCUUAUUCUUAGUUUGUCUCACACUCAAGAGAUGUGACCCAGCCUUGUAAAAGAUAAUCAAGCUUUAAGAAUGGAUUAUUUGGGGCCUUUUAGCAAACCUGUUGAGGCAGUGAUUGAUUUUAUAUCAAAACUUGGUGUUCGACAUGUGACUUACAUCAUCUGUUACAAGCAAAAUGUUCUUGAACUAAGCAAUAGUGUUAAGGAUCUUGGAUUUGAAAAAGAGAGGAUAAAUCAUCAAUGUGAUGAUACUCAGAAAAAUCUAAACAGCAUUGAAGGUAAGGUUAUUGAAUGGGUUCGAAAAGUGAAUGAAAUUGAGACUCUAAUGAAUGUGUUUGAGAAUGAUGAUGGCCACAAAAGAGCUAGGUCGCUCAGUUGUUAUGUUUUUUCGUACUUGUUGAAUAGACACAGGUUAGGAAGACGAGCAAAGAAAAUGGAAGUGGAUGUUAAAAAACUAAUUGAUGAGUCCCCCAACUUUGAUGAAGUUUCCUAUAGGGAAGAUGUAACUUCUAAUGAUGCCACUUUGUUUAAUUCCGACUUUGUAGAAUUUGGUUCUACAAAAUCCAUAAUGGAAAAAGUAAUGACACAACUUGAGGAUUCCACUGUGAGAAUAAUUGGAUUGUAUGGGCCAGCGGGUGUGGGUAAAAGCACUUUAAUCAAAGAAAUUGCAAGAAAAGCUAAAGACAAGAAGGUGUUUGAUGUGGUGGUUAAAGUAGAAAUAACAGCCAAUCCCAAUCUACAAAAUGUCCAGGAGGAAAUUGCUUAUGUGUUAGGAUUGAGAUUGGAAGGGGAAGGUGAAAAUGUGAGAGCUGAUUGUCUACGGAGGAGGUUAAAGAAAAAAAGGAACACCCUUUUAAUCUUGGAUGAUCUUUGGGAUAAAUUGGACCUGAACAAAUUAGGGAUUCCACUUUUUGAUGAUGAAGAUGAUUAUGAGGAUGUCUCAAUCAGUGAUAACAAGGAUCAUAAUCACCAAAAGUUCGAGGAUUAUAAUCACCAAAAUUUCGAGGAUCAUAAUCACCAAAAGUUGGCCAAAAAAAAUGAUAAUAAAGAUCAUAGUGACCAAAAGUUGGCAAAAAAUAAUGAUAACAAGGAUCACACUUACAAAGUGUUGAACAAAGAAAAAAUCCUUGGUAGUCACAAGGGGUGCAAAAUUUUGCUAACUUCACGGGAUAAAAAGAUAUUGUGUGAUAAAAUGGAUAUAAAGUCGACUUUUUGCGUAAAGGAAUUAGAUGACAAGGAUGCUUUGAUGUUGUUUCAAAAGUUGGCUGGAAUACGUAAUGAAAUGUCAGACUCUAAACAGGAAAUUGUGAAAAAAUAUUGUGCAGGGUUACCAAUGGCAAUAGUUACAGUCGCAAGGGCAUUACGAAGCAAGGGUGAGCCAGUAUGGGAAGCUACACUAGAAAAACUUAAAAGACAAGAAUUAGUGGAAGUGCAAACAUCUAUGGAUAUCUCAGUGAAGAUGAGUUAUGACCAUCUAGAAAAUGAGGAGAUAAAGUCCAUUUUCUUACUUUGUGCUCAAAUGGGCCAUCAGCCACUAAUUAUGGACCUAGUGAAAUAUUGUUUUGGUUUGGGUAUACUUGAAGGGGUCUCCUCAAUUUGGGAAGCUCGGGAUAGAAUUAAAACGUCAAUCCAAAAGCUAAAGGAUUCAGGCUUACUGUUGGAUGGAAGUUCUAAUAAUCAUUUCAAUAUGCAUGACUUGGUUCGAGAUGCUGCUUUGUCCAUAGCUAACAAUGAUAGAAAUGUUUUUACACUCAGAAAUGGCAAACUAGAUGAUUGGCCCGAACUAGAGAGUUGCACUUCUAUGUCGAUAUGCAGUUGUGAUAUUGUUGACGGGCUUCCUAAAGAGAUAAAUUGUUCUCAACUUAAAUUUUUUCAAAUAGACACUAAUGAUCCAUCUUUGAUAAUACCCGAGAAUUUUUUUGAAGGAAUGAAAAAUCUCAAAGUUUUAAUAUUGAUUGGUUUUCGUCUAUCAAGAUUACCAUCUUCCAUUAAAUGUCUAUUAAAGCUUAGAAUGCUUUGUUUGGAGCGAUGCACAUUGGAUGACAACUUACAUAUAGGAGACCUGAAAAAAUUAAGAAUUCUCAGCUUCUCUGGAUCUCAACUAAAAACUUUGCCUACUGAGUUAGGGUGCUUGGAUAAGUUACAACUUUUAGACAUCAGUGAUUGUUUCAUAGUGGAUACUAAUAUUCCACCACAUCUUCUAUCAAGUUUGACACAUUUAGAAGAGUUGUAUAUAAGAAAGUCUGUGAUUAGAAUGUUGGGGGAAGGAGAGACAAACCAAGGUCAAAAUUUGUUUCUUUCUGAAAUAAAGAAUUUGUAUCAGUUGAAAGUGGUGGACUUAAGCAUCCCUUGUGUUUCAGUUUUGCCCGAUCACUUGUUCUUUGAUAGGUUAAAAGAUUACAAGAUUGUGGUUGGAGACUUGGAAAUGUUUUCUGUUGGAGACUUUAGGAUGCCUGAUAAGUAUGAAACAUUUAGAGUUUUGGCAUUGCAACUGAAUGAUGCCAGUGACAUUCACUCCUACGAAGGCAUUAAAAUGUUGUUUAAAACAGUACAAUGUUUGUUGUUGGGAAAUGUAGAUGGUGUUCAAAAUGUCGUUAAUGAGUUGAAUGUAGAUGGAUUUCCAUAUCUAAAACACUUGCACAUUGUAAAUAACAAUAACAUCAAAUAUCUCAAUUCAACAACAUUGUCUAAUUGUGUGGACAUUUUUCCCAAUUUGGAAUCUCUAUGCCUCUACAAUCUAGUGAACUUAGAGGUGAUAUGUUACGGUCUUCUUACAGCUGCGUCAUUCGCCAAAUUAAAAGCCAUCAAAGUUGAAGUGUGUAACCGAUUGAAGAAUCUCCACUCCUUUUACGCACUUAAGGUUCUUACUAGUUCAAAAACAUGUGAGAUUUCGGAAUGUAAUUCUUUUAUGGAUAAAUUUCCUACCAGUGUAGAAAUAAUUGAGGUUUGUGAAUGUGGAUCUUUAAAGGAAAUCCUUCAAAUACCAGUGGAUUAUGGUCAACUUGAGUUUCAUAAGUUGCAGUCUUUGACACUUCAAUCGUUACCAUCAUUUACAAGUUUUUAUACCAUAGUGGAUGGGUCCUAUGGAUCACAUGUAAUAGAGCUUCAAACUACGAAUGGGGGUAGUAGAGAAAUUGUCGGUGAAGAUGUGCAAAAUGACAAGACUCCUCUUUUUGGUGAACUGGUUGCAACUCCAAACUUAGAGAGCUUGAAUAUAUCCUCACUCAACAUCCACAAGAUAUGGAGCGACAAACACUCGGCAUGUUUUGGGGGCCAAAACUUGAUAAAAAUAGUUGUGAAACAUUGUGAUAAAUUGACAUAUCUAUGUUCACUAUCUAUGGCUAACAGUUUGAAGAAGUUGAAAAGCCUUGUCAUAAGUGAGUGUCGGAUUAUGGAGAAGAUUUUUGAGACUGAAGAAAACAGUGCUGACAAGGUUUGUGUCUUCCCUAUGUUAGAGGAAAUCCACCUUAGCAAAAUGAAUAGAUUAACAAAUAUAUGGCAAACUAAAGUGAGUGUUGAUUCCUUUUCUAAUCUCGCUUCCGUAAAAAUUGAAGAAUGCAAUAAACUAAACAAGAUUUUUCCGAGUCACAUGAAAGGAUGGGUUGAAUGUUUGGACAACUUGACAGUUUGUAGUUGCCUGUCGGUGGAAGAGAUUUUUGAAAUCAAUGAUUAUAAAGAGAUAGAUGAAUUUGGAGGGAUAGACACAAAUUUGCAAGCUAUUCUUCUUGAAAAUCUCCCAAAGUUGAAACAGUUAUGGAGUACAGAUCCAAAUGGGAUUCUUAAUUUUAAAAAGUUGCGAACUAUAGAUAUAUAUAAUUGUAAUGAAUUGAGGAACUUGUUUCCCUCUUCUGUGGCCAAAGAUGUUCCAAAGCUUGAACGCAUAUCAACAUUGCAUUGUGAGAAAAUGGUGGAAAUUGUUGCAAGUCAAGUUGCAUCAGGUGUUAACAAUGAUCCAUUGGUGUUUCCUGAACUAGUGUGUGUGAGAUUACAAUGGCUACCAAACAUCAAGCAUUUCUACAAGGGGAAACAUCUUAUAAAGUGUCCAAAGUUGAAGGAGUUGAGCAUCGGCACGCGUGUGACGCUUAAAACAUUCCUCAAAGAAACCAGUGAAACAACAAAGAAAGAAGAAGAAUGUGUUUUUUCAGCUGAAGAGGUGUUGCCCAAUUUGGAGUAUAUGGAAAUUGACUUCGAUGAAGCACAAGAGUUGUUACCAAAGUAUCAAAUGCAACGUCUAAAAGAGCUUACUUUGAUGUCAGUUGAAAGUGUCGAUCUUCUCUGGCAGUUUCCAUACUGUAUGUCAAAUUUAGAAAAGUUAAAAAUGGUUUACCCUUCUUUUCUUCAAGAGGUAGAGCCAAGAGCAAACUUUGCACGUCAAGAAAGAUUCGGAAUCACAUUGCAGCUGAAGGAAUUAGUUUUGGUUCAUUCAAAGAUAAGGGAUCUAGGAUUAGGACGAGUUCCAGUUCUACGAAGACUAGAGCUUUUAAGCUUAAAAAACUGUGACUUACUGAACAAUUUGGCUCCUCCCUCUGUAUCAUUGACUUACUUGACAUAUUUGGAACUGAAGCAUUGUUCGCGAUUAAGGAACUUAAUGGCAUUCUCCACGGCCCAAAGCAUGGUUCAACUGAAGACCAUGAAGGUAAUCAACUGUGGUAAUGUAAAGGAAAUAGUAAGCAAUGAGGGAAGUGAAAAUGGCAAAGAGAUGAAAAUUGUAUUCAGCAAAUUGAUUUCUAUAGAACUUGUGGGGCUAAACUACAUGAGAAGCUUUUGCAGUUCCAGGGAAUGUGAAUUUGAUUUUCCAUCACUGGAAAUAUUGAUUGUAAGAGAAUGUCCGAAUAUGGAGAAAUUCAGUGAGAGAAGGCCAAUAACACCAAAGUUAAAGAAUGUAUUUGGUGUAGAAGGAGAUGAAAAAACCAGAUGGCAGUGGGAACAUAACUUGAAUGCCACCAUACAAAAAGUUUUCAAUGAUAAGGUCACUUUCAGAUACACUGAGGAUCUGCUUUAUAACUACGGUACUGAAUUUAUUAUAAAGUGUAAAAUAAGAUGAAAUAGGGUUUUGGGAUUAAUCUCCCUUGUGUAAACCCUACAUAAAGGACAAUUUAUUUAUAUUGAUAAUGGGCCAAAUCCCAGAAAUACAUAAUGGGCUGAGCCCAACUAUUAAACACAAUAUUAUAUCAUCUAACACUCCCCCUCAAGCUGGUGCAGACAAAUCGUAUGUACCAAGCUUGUUACAAAGAUAAUCAAUUCUAGGUCCUCGAAGAGACUUAGUGAAAAUAUCUGCUAAUUGAUCACUUGAGUUGACAAACUCGGUCUUGAUGUACCCGGAUAGGAUUUUUUCUCGAAUGAAGUGACAGUCAAUUUCAAUGUGUUUGGUCCUCUCAUGAAAGACAGGAUUAGAGCUAAUAUGAAGAGCAGCUUGAUUGUCACAUAUGAGUGUCAUUUGAGUGACAUCUCCAAAUUGCAAUUCUUGAAG